AUGGCUAAUUUCAUCAUUCGAGAUGUCCGUAUGUUUACUGGUGAAGAGGUGAUCGAAGAAGGAUACGCACACAUUCAGGAUGGCAAGAUCAAAUCAGUGGGACCAACAAGCAGCAUCCCACAAGAAUCAAUAAAGACAUAUUCAAAACCAGGACACACUCUUCUUCCCGGCCUGAUAGACUGCCAUAUUCAUGCUGACAGAGCCGACCCCGUAGCUCUACCACAAUCCCUACGGUUCGGAGUGACCACCGUGUGCGAGAUGCAUAACGAACUCGAAAACGUCCUGAAACUCCGCAAGCAAACCCUCGAGCCCGACACGGCAUCCUACAAAACCGCGGGUCAAGCCGCAACAAUCGAAAACGGCUGGCCCAUCCCUGUCAUCACCGCGCACGACAAAAGCGAAGAAACCGCCGCCGCAAUCGCGCGCUGGCCAAAACUCACCGACCACACCAGCGUAAUCAACUACCUCGACUGGACCACCAAGGAAAUGCAACCAGAUUACAUUAAGCUGAUGCACGAAAGCGGCACAAUCAUGAGCCAAACCUUCGCCUAUCCCUCCCUCUCCCUCCAACGCACUAUCAUCACCGAAGCCCACAACCGCGGCUACCUCACCGUCGCCCACGCAACCUGUCUGCAAGACACCCUGGAUGUCCUCACCGCGGGCGUAAACGGGCUGACCCACACCUUCUGCGACCAACCGCCCACUCAGGAACUCAUCGAUGCGUACAAAAAGAACAACGCGUGGGUUAACCCAACACUAGCAACAAUGGGCAGCUUGACAGCCGAAGGCGUAGACUUACAGCACAAAUUCGCGCAUGAUCCGCGGGUUAAAGGGUUGAUUGGAGAGGAUCGCGUCGGGAACAUGUGCCGGUGUAUGGGGUUUGCGGAUAAGGGCAAGGUGGAGUUUGCGUAUCAGGGGGUUAAGGCGUUGAAGGAUGCGGGGAUUGAUAUUCUAUGCGGAAGCGAUGCCGCUGGUCCUGCAGUCGGUACGGCGUUCGGUCUGACUAUGCAUCAUGAGCUUCAUUUAUUCGUGCAUAAGGUAGGUAUGAUGCCCAUGGAGGCAUUGCGGUCGGCUACGAGCUUGGUUGCGAAGCGGUUCAAAUUUGAAGACCGGGGGAGGUUGGCGGAGGGAUUGAAUGCCGAUAUGUUGCUUGUUGAGGGAAAUCCGCUUGAGGAUAUCGAUGCGACGUUGAAUAUUCGUGGUGUCUGGCGUGAGGGGAAGGUAUGUAGUGUGUAUGCUGAGCAGUUGGAGUAG